AUGUUGAUGCCGCCGCUAUUUGCUGCAGUUACAACAAAUGUAGUAGAUGAAGGAGAUGGCAUUGCUGUAGUGGCAUUCACUGAAGCUGCAAGGAAUGAGCUUGCCGCAUCGAAUGCAAAUGAGAUUGAGGCUGGUGGAACAGAGAAGGCACCCCCAAAAGCUGCCCCCAGCUUGCGAUCAGUCAUGGCCGAAGUAAGGAAGCCAUCAUUUAUUCUGAAGGUAGCUGUAGUCACAUUCUUCCAUAUAUGGGCAGUUUUUGCUUCUAUUCAUGACAUCACAAAGGCGCAAAGCUUUCUGAUACUGUUGGCAUUAGGCUGGAUUUUAUGGAUAUGUCACAUUAGUGGCUCACAUGUGAACCGUUUAGCGGACAGUGAACGCUUCAAGGGCAUCCGGCAAAUCUCUAAGAGAAAGUCAAGCCAGCGAUGGAUUUUUAUAAUAAUAUGCGGUGCAGUUGCAAUAUGCUUUGCUGUAUUCCUCGUGUUCGAUACCCGCGCAAACAGAUCUCGCCUCUAUGGCCUUGCUGGAAUAGCAUUUUUUGUUUCAAUACUCAUAUUACUCUCAAAUAAUCGAAGAAAGAUCAACUGGCGAAUUGUUGUUUGUGGAUAUAUCCUUCAACUAUGUCUGGGUAUGUUGUCAUUGCGAUGGAAGUGGUUCUCUGCAAAAUUUCAUCAAUUCGCUGUUUUAAUUGUGCAGUUCCUUGAACUAACAAACAAAGGAUCAGAAUUCGUGUAUGGAUUUUUGGCAAAUCCACCACCAAUCUGCGAAAUGGCUCCCGUGUUUCUAUUUUCGGCGAUGCAAGUAUUAGUGUUCUUUUCUGCCAUAGUCAGCUUGCUCUAUUACUACGGCAUCAUUCAAUGGGUUCUUGGAAAAAUGGCAAGCUGUAUGGAAGUCAUUUUGGGUACUACAGCGGUAGAGUCACUUAAUGCAUGUGCGUGCGUGAUUCUCGGUCAGACUGAAAGUGCAGUGUUGAUCAAACCAUAUUUGGAAAGGCAAACGGCCUCCGAAUUGCAUGCUAUUAUGACGAGUGGCCUCUCAUGUAUUGCUGGUUCGCUGUUUGCGGCCUACGUGUCGUUCGGAGCCUGUCCAGAAUACUUGCUUUCGUCAUCAAUCAUGUCGGCUCCAGGAUCUCUUGCAUGCUCUAAAAUAAUGUAUCCAGAGGUGGAAGAGAGCCAAGUCAGGAGCACGAAAGAUCUAAAGCUCGCAGAAAGCGAGGAGUCGAGUCCAGUGGAAUGCAUAACGAAUGGGUCUGUAGCUGGACUGAAUAUUGUGAUGUCAAUUGGCGCAAAUUUGGUAACGGUGCUAGCCCUCUUAGGGUUUGUCGACUCAGUUCUAUUCUAUCUGGGAGACCUUAUAGGCUCUACUCCAUGGAGUUUAGAGCUCAUACUUGGAUACGUUCUGUUUCCUGUGGCAUUUCUAAUGGGUGUGACUGAGAACACUCAGCAGACUCUCAACGUAGCUCGGCUCAUAGGCACAAAAAUAGCCGUAAACGAAUUUGUUGCCUACAAGAAAUUAGGCGAAUUCCUCUCCAUGGGACCACAAAAACUGAGUCCACGAUCCGCUAUGAUUGGUACAUAUGCUUUAUGCAGUUUCGCUAACUUCAGCGUCAUUGGUAUAAUGUUGGGAGUAAUGGGAGGACUUGCGCCAUCAAAGAAACAAGUGGUUGCGAAGAAUGUCUUUAGAGCAGUUCUUACCGGGUGCAUAUGCUCCUUGUACACGGCCACGUUAGCAGGUAUACUCGUGGAUGAACCCAAGAUGUGCAAUCCUUCCAGCUCGGCAAGUGCGUGCUUCAGCAUCACAAAGGAACUGAAUGCAUCGCGAAAUUCAUGAAAUAAAUCUCGCAUUUCUUGUUACAGCAUUUCGAAAUGAUAAGGCCACUCACUCAGUUUUUGAGUUACAGUGCAUAUUUUCCAGCUUAAAAGAUAUCAGAUUGUCCCAAAGUUUUGUUUGGAAUGACUAUAAAACUUCGAUUAUAAAAUAUAACUAUCAUAG